GUAAAGCCAUUGGAUUAAUAGUGAAGUGGGGUUAGACUCAGUGGGUCAGUAGUGCAAUAGUGGGAGUCCUUUGAACAGUGAAAUAGUAUAAAUCAAACUCAUUGGGUUAAGCGUAAUAGUGGGACUCAGAAACCUUGGAUUAAUAGUGAAAUAGUAAGCAGACACACUGGAUUAACGGUGGCAUAGCGGGACUCUGACUCGUUGGUUUAACAGUGGAAUGGGACUCAGACUGUGGAGUAACAGUGGAAUAGUGGGACUGCUGUUGGGUUAAUAAUGAAUAGGACAUGGUGGCAGUCAGACUCACUGGACUAAUAGUGGAAAUCUGAGACUCAGACUAAUAGGAUUUAAUAGUAGAACAGAGGGACAAACGGGGUUCAUUCAUCGGCUCAAAGGGGACCCACGACUACGUCAUCAUCAGUGCGCGUGUGCAGCCGCGCGCAAGCAGCCCGAAAGGCUUCAUUGAGUCCGGGCGGGCUAGGCGCUGUGACGGUGUCUCAGUUCAAAUGAGAUUACUUGCCUUUAUCGUCGAUAUUUUUGUCUAGCUAAGCCUUUUUGAACGCGGGAGAGGGGUGGCUACGUUCGAGCUGUGGACCCAUGGAGCGAAGAGUGUAAUUUGGGCUGAUAUUACUUCAGCAAAUUUCCGGAGUUGGCUAGCCUAGCGCGCUAACGGAGCUGUAUAUGUUCCUGUCCGGCGUAUUGCUAAGGAAGCACCACCCUCGCUUUGCUCAGCGUGAGGGGCUCACACUCUGCUCAUCGGAGACCAUUUCGCUUUUACAAUGGCGAGCGCUGUGAUCCAGCGAUUUAUCUGCCUUUGCAGAUACUUACAAGAUCCUUGCCAUGUCGCCAGAUUUCAGCAGCUUUGCGGCGUUAAAGGGACGUUUCCUCGCAAAUCACCCGAGACCGAGAAGGAGGAGAGCGAGCUGGAGCUGUCGCCUAACGGUGCGUGCAUGAGACGGGGUCAGGAAGACGGGGAGCAGGGAGUUAAAGGCCCUCAGCUUAGAAAGAGUGCAAAUACAAGUGUAAGACAGAACGAAGACGUGCACGGCUCUCCCAAUGGAGCAGCUGCGGUGUCUGGUACGGACACACCGGACGGAGAAAGUGCAGCACGAACCAAAAGCAGCUCUGGACUGCCUGAUGGCCCCGAGCAGAUCAGCAGCAGCACUGGUGGCCAAAAAGGAGAGUCGAGGGGCAGAGUGAAGCCCCUCCGCAAGAACUCAUUGACUGGGGAUGUUGGACAAGAGUUUAUCAUCGAGAAUAAGUUCCUGUUCUAUCUUUUCACCGUUGGGACUGAACUGGGCAAUGAGAUGUUCUUCAUUGUUUUCUUCCCCUUCCUCAUGUGGAAUGUCGAUGCCUAUGUCAGCCGGCAGGUCAUCGUGGUGUGGGUCUGGGUUCUGUUUUUCGGACAGUCCACCAAAGACCUCGUUGGAUGGACACGUCCAGCCUCCCCGCCCGUGGUUAAAGUGGAGGUCUUCUACAACUUUGAGUACAGCAUGCCGUCUGUGCAUGCCAUGACCGGAACCUCUGUCCCUUUCUGCCUCUUUCUGCUCACUUACAACCGGUGGGAGUACCCUUUCCCCUUUGGACUAAGUGUGGCCAUAUGCUGGAGCUUCCUGGUAUGCAUAAGCAGAAUCUACAUGGGCAUGCAUUCUGUGUUGGAGGUGAUCGUGGGCUUCCUCUACAGCUUGUUGAUCCUGGCUGCCUUUCAUCCUGUGCUGGAUGACAUCGACACAUUCUAUCUGUCCAGCAGCUCCGCUCCUCUGGUCAUCCUGCUGCUGCACAUCGGCCUGGCCCUCGUUGCUUUCUCCCUGGAUUCCUGGAGCACAUCACGGGGGGACACAGCUCAGGCUCUGGCCACUGGGGCCGGAGGUGCUUUAGCUUGCCACAUGAACCACCAGCUGGGCCUGCAGCCAGACCCUCCACUGUCUUCCCUGCCCCUGAAACUGCCCAUUAUUGACGGAGCUCUGCUGGGACGCUCGCUUCUGCGGCUUCUGGUGGGCGUGGCCGUGCUGCUGGCUGUACGAGCCGUCAUGAAGGCUGUGGCUAUCCCGCUAGCAUGCCGACUGUUUGGUGUGCCAUCCGACGACGUGCGUAAGGCCCGGCAGAACGCCAACGUGGAACUGACCUAUCGCUUCCUGGUGUACGGCACGGUGGCUUUCUGCUGCAUCUUCCUGGUGCCCCUCUUCUUUGACUACCUGAACCUUUCCUGAAGAAGCAGUUCAGCUUCUGUGUUAGCCAGUAAUACAUCAUCAGUCCCUCUCUGCCAAUGCUCCAUACUUAAUUAAGGCUUGGAUUUGGUCCAUUUUAAUCACAAAUUUGUUAAUUUCCAAGCUAGUAGCGCAAGACAAAGAAACCACUAAAGCAAAUGAAUUUUGAAGUAUUAAAAUAUGUUAAUUCUUAGUUAUUUCAUUUCCACUUUUUUGUUUUUUAUUGAAAUUCUUUUUUUUGCUUGCUUGACAUUGCUGUUGUUUUGUUUUAAUCUUUAAUUUACCAAAUUUUCAUUGUGUCAUUGUGUUUGCCAAAUAAAUGGCAUUAGUAUUAGAUCAGGUUUCUGAUUUGCACCUCUCUAAAAUAAGAAUGAUGGACUGGUCAUCAUCAGAGGAUUUAUGUCCUACCUCUCAGACCCAUAAUGUAGUCCUGAACUUCAGAUUGAGAUGUGCAGAAAUCCAUAAGAUCAACUACAGUAUAACGCAGCCUGUGUCUCUGAUGUGUGGCUGUAAAAGACCCAGGCGACAGAACGGAACUCCGCAAUGUUUCUGAACGGGCAAAAUCUACUCUGUUCACAACAUUCAGCUUUGUCAUGUGUGGAUCCUGUUUGUUUGAUCUCCACCCGUCUCCUCAACAGCCAUACUACCUACACCCAUCCUGCACCAUUGUGUUCUCUCUCUUUCUUAACAAUAUGUUGGCCUCUUUCCCACUGAAUUGAGCACGAGCACUUUUACUUCUGCCUGCCCAUGUUAAACUCAUGUAUACAAACAUAUACAGUGCUGAUAGCUUGCCCCUCAAGGCCUUGCUGAGAUUAUCUCCUCGUCCUAGCUCUUUCCUGGAGCUUGUUUCCUCCUCUGAGCAGCUGAGCACAGAGAUGGGAAUUGAGUGUUUUGAUGAAUGGAGUUUGUUACGAGCUGUCCUGGGUGGUCAUUCAGAAAACAUUUGUGCAGUGCUUCUUAAACUCCAGUCUCAUUGCCAUUGUUUAGUUUACUUUGCAUCUCACAAUAAGUGGUAAAGUGUUGAGGGAACUAGGGGAGGAGGUCUUCCUGUUGGAAUGAAUGCUCUAUGCAUGACCUCGUAUAGAUGGCCAUUCAUUUUGGGUGGACAGAUAUGGAAUCUGAUAAACAAGCCAAGAAAUGUGUUGUUCCAAAGAUACGGUAGUAGUUUACAGUAGUUAAACUAUACUUCAUACUACGCUGUUUUUGCAUAGGCUAAAGCUGACUCGUUAUCUAAAGGAAUUGCAUUUUCUUCACAGUUUUAUAAAGUUGUUUAAAUUACCUGUAAGUACAGGGCAGUAUAAUCUGGAUUGUAUGGCGGUUUAUGGCUUUGUGUGGCUGUUAUGAUGCUUAGCACCUGGACAAAUAGUGAAUGAAUACUCCAUACUGCAGUACAGUGUAUUCCACAUAUUCCGUCAGCCAUCUAGAAGGUAGUUGUGAGCAGAAAAGCACAGGCAGUUUAGCUUAUGCCUGGACUUGCCAGUGUUUGAGCAGAAGUAUUAAAAUGUCAGAGUAAAAACAUAGGUUAGCGAAGAGUCUUUGUAGUCUCAGUCCAUGUAAGUGUUUUGAAAUUUCAAUAGAUUAUUUUUCCCUGUUGUUAUUAUUAUGCCAGUUUUUUCCACCCACUCUCUAUUUGUUGAAUCUGUAGCAUGUAGUUACUUCAUGCUAUCAUUUUAACUAAGUUUCCCUGUACUUGGAAAAAUUCCCAAACCACAAACAUCUGGCACACACCCAUUGACUUCUUUUUACGGAUGCACAGUAUAUCGAAGGCCAAUAUACUAUUUGCAGAAAAAUUACAUUUUAUCAUUACAUUAAAAUUUAAGACUUCAGCAUUUCGGAGAUACAAGGUUUUUCUGACAGACGAUAUGCAGAAGCAUGUCUGUUCGUCAGUGGGGGGAAAUCCACUUCUUCUAGACCCCACAGCACCUUUGUAGUGCCCUUUCCUGUAAUCACUGCCGACUGUCGAUCAUGUAACUUAAUGAAUAAUGACACAAAAACAACUUUCAUCCCAAAAUGGAUCUUAGUUAGUUGGAUAGUUUGUCUUUUUUAAUUAACACAUUUCAUUUUCAUGAUAUUUUUACAUAUUUAUACACCUUUUUUAUCAUGAAUCCUCCAAUUUUAUUUUAGCUGUUACUAAAGACAGAGCCAAGUUCAUGUUGUAUCACGAGUGAAAUGUUUCCGAUUCAUCAGGACUGAUGGCUCAGUGGGGUCUUCCAGCGUACGAUAUGAAGUUAAUUAGUGUAUAUUUAAAGAGAUGACAUUUCAUAGCCUGUAUGAAGCAGAUGAACCUACUAGCCUGCUGUCUGUGUGUUCAGGUCUCAGUGUGUGCCACUAUUUUAUGGCAAAAAGUGAAGACACGCUCAGCUUCACUUUGAAAGUCAAACAAAGGAACUUAUAGGUGACACUUUUAUUUUGUGUGAACGUUUUUAUUGU